AUGAUCUUACAAAAGGAUGAAACUGAGAUAAAAAAGGUUAAUAUCACCGAUCCUGGGACGACAAGUUAUUCGUUUCAUGGUUUGGAGAAAAAUACCAACUACACAGUGAAACUGUUUUCCAGAAAUUUUGUAUUCGAGGGAGAUCCUACUGUAUGGAACAUUAAGACCAAGUUUGAAGGUGAGGAAUCAAAAGUGAUAUCGUGACUGAGCACUUUGCACCAAUCAUUUUUUCGCCAACUUAGAUUUGUUGUGAGUAACCCAGUUUUAACAACGUUAUCUGCUCGCUGCAUUAUAAGGUUUUGGAUUUUCAGCGUUUGUCCCCUCCUUAGUGGCCAGUUUCCUUUCCCUUUGUGAUAAUUGUUUUAGAGAUACCUACGUUUGAAGAAGCGUAAUAAUAAACAAUGAAAAACCAAUGAUCGUAGGUGAGAACAAUAGACAACCUACGCGGUUACGUUCCGUAAAUGUUACCUGAUUUAUCAAGUAUUGUUUGCCUUGUCGUUUUUUUUUUAUUUUCUGAUGUUCACGUUUCAAAAUCCGCUAUAUGAAUCAGCCACAACAACAGCCGCUACAUAGGGACCUUUAGGUUAGUUGGAUACAUUUUUCCUAAACUCUUACUGGCCAUAUUCAGAACGCCCAAUAACCAACUAUCCCUUUAGACAGUGAGACGAUUUCCACACAUCGUUUGACCAAAGAAUUGAAGUUUGAAGAAAUGGGCCUUUCAUGAAUGUCGCUUCUAAUAUGCAAAUAUUAUGGGGAAAUCUCGUCAAACAGUGUGUGGACGGCCUUGAAGAAUCCUUCGUAUAUUUUCUUUAAGAUGAGAAAUAGCUUAUUUUCAUUUUGCAGGGAUAAGCCCAAACCAAAACGAUUGAGGUUAUCGUUUUCAAGAAAGUUUCUUUCGAAUCUCAUCCGGCACAUAUCUCUCUCAACAAAAAAACUAUUGUGGUAACAGGUGUGAACUUAGUAACUGAAUUUGAGCAGCCGUAAUAUGGCAAUGAAGUUCGUCGCACCUGUUAUCGCUUAAGCGCUUCUUGUCAUUGCCUCCUCGGUUGGCAAACCCCCUGAAGAAAAAAACUUGUUGUCUCGGUGGAAAAACCCGCGCCAGCUUAUAUUUGCAGAAGAAGAAUCGUAGGCCUGUAGUUAAUCAUGCGUGAUGUCAAACUUUUCAAAAGCGGAAAGUAGUUGCACACGAACUAAGAUCCUUUCUGUAACUACGGGACACAAACGAUCGGUGAAUUGUGACGUCAUCUAUGCAUCGGUCCUUCAUUUGAUCACGUGUAAAUAGCAAUUACAAUGCCAGUAGAAGUCAGUGUAUCGUUCAAAUUCACCUUAUAAAUGCAUUAUUUGUUUUAGGCAAUAACGGACCAUCAUUUUAGGCUUCUCAUUAUCACUUUUUGUCCUUUCAAAUUAUUUUGAAUUCAUCUCAAUACUUAACUUAAUUUGGUUGCCAUACACUUUCGUCUCAGAAAUAUCCCAAACAAAUCCUCGACCAGUUUACAGAUUAGUUAAUCACUGAUAAUGGUUCUGACCAGGUUUGUAACAAGAAAUUAUAUAAUUAUUAGAAAUUUCACGCUGUUCGUGUCGUUGACAUCAAUCUAGGAGCCCCAGAUGUGGUCGAAAUAGACGAACUGCCAAGUGAAACAGCAGACGCUACAAUUACCCUAAAGUGGAAGGAGCCAGAAAGUAAUGGAAAAGUUAUUAUCAUGUAUACAGUGUACCAAAGAGUAGUGACUGAUGGGAAAGUGGGACAGUGGAGAGAAAUAAAGAAAAUCAGAGAUGUUUCUGUGAGAGAAUUGAAAAUAGCGUUGGAGAGAGGAAAGGUGUAUCAGUUUGCGAUUACUGCAACUAAUGAGCUUGGUGAAAGCCUGAAACAAAAGGGAGCAAAUAUCCAGCAAGUCAAGGCAGAAGGAAGUAUGUUCAAAUGAAUCUUAUUUUCCCCUUUCAACGGUUUAUCCUUUUCUUUACUUAGUUUUCAAGCACUCUCCGUGUCAUGAACAUCGAGGCUUUUACGGGUGAAUUCUUCGCUUGCAAGAACCUGAAUCAACGAGAAAAAUUUUACUUACGUCGCAGUUGAUAUUUGUAUGCCAACUGCAAAUAUAUGGCAUAUCUAUUAACUGAGAUUUUAAUCAUUGGCUGGCACACACAAAUAAGUCUAACACAUGCUGAUCUGAAUCUGAUAAGAGAAGCGUGCAACGCUUUGAUUUAAUCUUCUUACAUUUAAAUCAACUGCUUUUUUCUUUCCUUUGCUGCCAUCACUUAAUUUAUGCAUCUCUCCCACAUCAAAAAAUUUCACUCUCCCACACUGAAUUCCGAGAACUCUUCUGUCAUUUUCACCACUACGGCACUUUAUUCUUCAUACCGAUGAAAGCGACUUAGAACUUAGCCUCCUCUGCGCACCGUAAUUUCGACACCAGAUUACUGAACUGCGAGAACUCAGAAUUGUCGGCGAUUUCGCUUUAGCUUAAUUAAGAAUGUAUGAUCACGCUGCCUCACGCUGCGAACAGAGAGGUUGUCUAUCUUUUCACAGGUUUUCUUCGUUGAGGCUACAGAGCGUGACGCAAACUUCCCGUCUCAAGGUCAUGAAGGGGUAUUCAUUUUCUAAGCUCUUAGGUCUUAGUUUUCGGGGAUCUUCGUUUUCGCUACAAACGUAGUUCGCUUUCUCUUUGUUGAUGAUCUCUUUUCAGUAUCUUUUCUGGAGCUCUUUGUAUUCCCUUCUCACGUUGGUCUUCUCUAGAUAUUCGCCAUUCUACUUUACCCUUUUCUUGUUCUCUUUCGUAUUCCUCUCGCUCUGUGUUCUGCCUAUUCUUCGUCCUAUCAAACCCCAUUUCGCGUUUUUCUCGACUCGCUCCACGCCUUUUAAGUUCCUUCACUCUUUGGUCUCUCUCUGUCUCUCUGUCUGUCUCUAUGUUUCUCUCUACGUCCUUCUCUCUGUCUCUUUCUCUGUCUCUCUGUCUCUGUCUGUCUGUCUGUCUGUCUGUCUCUCUCUCUCUCUCUCUCUCUGGUCUCUCUCUCUGGUCUCUCUCUCUGGUCUCUCUCUCUCUCUCUCUUUGGUCUCUCUCUCUGGUCUCUCUCUCUGGUCUCUCUCUCUUUGGUCUCUCUCUUUGGUCUCUCUCUCUUUGGUCUCUCUCUCUGGUCUCUCUCCCUGGUUUCUCUCUCUUGUCUCUCUCUCUGGUCUCUCUCUCUGGUCUUUCUCUCUGGUCUCUCUCUCUGGUCUCUCUCUUUGGUCUCUCUCUCUCUGGUCUCUCUCUCUGGUCUCUCUCUCUUGUCUCUCUCCCUGGUUUCUCUCUCUUGUCUCUCUCUCUGGUCUCUCUCUCUGGUCUUUCUCUCUGGUCUCUCUCUCUGGUCUCUCUCUCUGGUCUCUCUCUCUGGUCUCUCUCUCUUGUCUCUCUCUCUCUGGUCUCUCUCUCUGGUCUUUCUCUCUGGUCUCUCUCUCUGGUCUCUCUCUUUGGUCUCUCUCUCUGGUCUCUCUCUCUCUGGUCUCUCUCUCUGGUCUCUCUCUCUGGUCUCUCUCUUUGGUCUCUCUCUCUGGUCUCUCUCUCUGGUCUCUCUCUCUGGUCUCUCUCUCUGGUCUCUCUCUCUGGUCUCUCUCUCUGGUCUCUCUCUCUGGUCUCUCUCUCUGGUCUCUCUCUCUGGUCUCUCUCUCUGGUCUCUCUCUCUCGUCUCUCUCUCUCUCUGGUCUCUCUCUCUGGUCUCUCUCUCUGGUCUCUCUCUCUGGUCUUUCUCUCUUUUCUCUCACUCUGGUCUCUCUCUCUGGUCUCUCUCUCUGGUCUCUCUCUUUGGUCUCUCUCUCUCUCUUUGGUCUCUCUCUCUCUCUUUGGUCUCUCUCUCUCUCUUUGGUCUCUCUCUCUCUCUUUGGUCUCUCUCUCUCUCUCUGGUCUCUCUCUCUCUCCCUCUAUUUCUUCCGUUUGGAAAAGGGAAAAGCUUUAGCUCUGAGUAUCGUUGCUUUGCAAGUGUAUUAGAAAUUGCAAAAUACCAAGAAUCACUUUUCAACAACAACCUCACCGGUAUGAUUUCCCGCUCAAAAUACGGGUUGCAAAUUCUUUUCUUGCGCUGCUUCACAUCCUCUAACCAACAUGAAACCUUUCUAGGUUUCUACAAACAUCUUUGAAGUCGAAUCUUAAGUCUCUUUUCGUUAUCAAGUUUGAGAUGAGAUAUUGUAGUUCUAGCCUGUCUUCGUUUAAAUCAAAUUUUAGCAGCGCAAGAAACAGAAACAAGACAAAUUCCGUAUUUCAGUGGCUAGAGUUGCCAAGAUCAUUGAAAUUUGGUUUAAAGAGGACAAUCGUGAAACACGAAUAAUCUGAAGAGAAGAACUGAAAACAGGUUGAAAGUGACUAUUCUUUUUAAUUUAGUACAACUAUCGGAGGAGUUUGACACGAUAGAGAAAACUGUGGAGUGAACAAUCAUAACUGGCGACAUAAAGAGAAGAUAUAAGAGAAGCCCGUACGUUUCUGGCGUAUUGUUUCACUGACUCACUCUUCUCAUUUAUACCCAUCUAUUAGUCGACAGGUAAUCUCUUAACUGGAAGUUUCUUAUGGUCGUUUCUUUCAACUCUGACUCAUUUUCCCAUACCAAAGUUCACAAUAAUGCUCAAUGAAAUAUCAUUUCAUCCGACGCUGACAUCAUACACGACAUCUGAAGAAGAAAACAUUAUUUAUUCUGAACCUGUGCGCACUCUGAUUGCCUUGCAUCAUGGUCGCAAAAGUAAAACUGAAGCCCCGUUUAAACGGUCAUGAUAGUUGACGAUAGUCUCAACUAUCAAGCGCGUUUGAACACGAACUGUCAUGUUCUAUCAUCGCAUUUCAUCAAAAAUCAUGUAGUUUUGACAUGUCUAAAUUCGACAUGAUAGUUAAUGAUAGUUUUUGCUGUUUGAACGAGAGGAAGAUGGUGAAUGACAGUUGUUAGGUCAGCAGUUUUGCCAAACAACGGGCUCAAACCGAAAUGGCAAUGGUAAAAUGACUAAAAUAGCCGUCGAAAUUUCUCAGAAUGUCUCGUAGUUAAUUCCCAUCAUUUCCUGGUAGGCUUCAGUAUCUUUAACUUGUAACUUCAUGACUAAAAUUUCAAGUGCCACUGAAAUUGCUGACCUCAGCGCGCACCGUAUUUGUGUACAAUUACGCGAUCUCAUUGCGUGAUAUUUUGUCAACUAUCAUUGGCUGUCACGAACCAUUUGAACACAAACUUGAUAGUCAAUGAUGUGAAUGAAAGUUGAAACUGUCAUUCAGUUGUCUAUCAUUAACGUUCAUGAUCGUUUGAACGGGGCUUAAGUCAUUUGCAUCUUGUCGCAGUCGAGUGAACAUCUUUGAUGGAAGAGAGAGUAGCGAGAAAUGUAUAGAAUGGGAAUUCAUUGUCUGUUGCUGCUCCUUCGUUAAAAAGGAAAGUUAAAAAGAGUUGAAGGGCCUGUGGGCUCUCGUAAUUCUUCCGCGACCAAAUUCGUUCUUAGGAGGCAACUAAAGAGAUUCAGAAAGAAUCGAAACAGCAGUCUUGCUUAAGAAUUUUCACGAACGGCAGCGAUUACACUCCCAGCUGAUGACUGUGUGAAAGAUAUUGAAUUCAGAAAUUGCAUUCCUAGACGGGACUUAUUUAAAAUGACAGGGAAUCGACCCUUGACAUGCAAAUGUAUUAAAAAGAGCUGGAGUCAUCCACCAGGCGUAAAUAGGGGGCUGGAAUUUGAGGUCACUAUGUUGGUCACUGUAUCAGUGCUACUUUUUCCACCAGAGAGGAACUCAGUAAUUUUUUAAUUGCGGUCAGUUACUUUCAUUGAGCUCUAAAAUAGAUCUAGGAAAUUUCUGACACCUGUUUGGCUUCUCUAGAAGUCAAAGUUAACAGAUAACAGUCUAUGCAUCAGUGGGUGUGCUACAGACCCACGAUGUCUCAUAGUUUUGUCAUCUUCAUUCUAUCACAUGUCAAGAAUACCAUUCCUUGUUCUCAGUGUCUCAGGCUUCAUCGCCUAUAUAUUGACAGUUCUGAUUUUCCAAGAUGUCAGAGGUAAUACGCCAGUUCUUCUCCUACCUUUGUCAUUCAAGGGAGUCUUAAACAACUGAUCGAAAGUCGGCAUUCUACAAACGUCACAGAAGGAAAAAAAUGAUCGCAUUCCAUUUUACCGGCAAGACCUGUCCUUCUAACAAAUUUAAAUUACUUCAAAAUAAUCCAAAAACUGGUAUAUUAUUUUCGCAUAAAACAUAGACAACUGUUUGGUCAGAAAUACUUUCUAAAUAAAUGAUCAACCCGAGGCUUUCACCUUGCGUGCAUGACACAAAACUCUUCCUUUCAUAAAUAAUGUUGAGACUGCCUCCACCAAUGUCAUCUGUCAUAACUUGCGGUUAUUUAAAAAAUUUAUACUUCGGCGAAAAAGGAAGACGACUUGGGGAACGAUUCUGAGAACACCAUUGUGACGCAAAAUACAAGAAAAAAAAUAUCUCUCAAAUUGGCCUCACAUUCGUACAUUUUAGGCCAGUGUUCUUUGUAAGUAAAGGCUGUUUUUUACACAGGAGUUCAAAUGAUAAUUCUUGUGCAAACAAACAAACGUUCAUUUUCAGUCGUAUUUUGUUUUUCCUUAAUUCAAACAGUAAGCUCAGAAGUUUACCUGACAGCGACAAUACAGGAGGACUGUAGCAGACGUUCAGAAGUUGCUGCGAAAUUUCCAGAAAUGGUUAGAUAAUCUACUUGAUCCACAUACUGGAGUUUAUGGAAUACUGCCAUGAGAUUUAUCAUGAAAAGUGAAUCUUAAUCAAUCUGUUCUUGAAUGAAAUUGUAAUAUUUCUGUUAAAAAAGAUAUUUUGAGCGAUCUUCAAUAUGUGACAAGUAUUUGACAUUUUUUCUUGAUAUGUCCUUUUAGGCUUGUCAAAUUGCCUUAAGGUUUGGCUGCUCAUCCGCCAACACUGUGAACACCAGGUAAAGUACAGUUUGUUGUUCUACACUGAAACUACAAAUGCAAACUCAAAUUUGCCUUCUAGUAGGGGAGAGGAGCUUUUUCUCAGUAUGUUGUAUUUUAGCGGUAAAACUGGUUUUUCUUCUCGAGCAAAUCUUAUCUAAUGCAAGAUAAUUUACAUUUAAUGUACAGUAAUAUAUUGGCACAGAAUGAUAUGAAUUAAUCUUAUUUACCUUAAUUUAUUACAUUGGUUAAAUCUCAAUAUGUUUUAACACUUAAAAGUCACCAAAGUACAAAUAUGUGCGAUAAUACUCUUUGCUCUUUUCCGCCCCCCCCCCCCUCCCCUUAUCUAGGUGUGGCAGUGUUGUUCUUGACUUCAUGAUGAGGUUCAAUCAAAGUGUAGUCGUCAGCAAUGUUUUGAUUGUCCUGUCGGAUGCUGCAAGGCAAGACAAAUUCGGAGGUUUUAAAGUCAAUCCAGACUCAAUUAAACAAGUUUUAAUAUCCACGGAUGGCUCGGAAAGCACAACAAAAGGUAAAUUUUACAAAGAAAUCGUUAAAUGGUUACACGUAUUCUUCCGAAGAUGGACUGUUUAUGAUUGUAUUCCGUAUCUGUUUAAUUAAACAACUUCAUCUGUGACUGAUAAAUUUCCAGGUUUUUUUUUUUCGAUAUUGUUGUUUUAUUUAAGGUCCUGAAGAAUGCAACUGCCUAUCUAACAACGUCUUGUUAGCCAUAAUUGGGGUUCUUGCCUUCACAAUCCUUCUUCUAAUCAUUUACAUAAUCUGGCUACAUAAGAAAGGUAGGUAAAAGAAUCAUAAUCUGUGAUAGAAGGUUUGGCUGUAAGAUUCAUUAUUAAGCAAAAGCAAAUUUUUACCCACAUCCACAUCACUGUUCUUUUUUUCCUUUCGUUCUUUUUCAGGCGCUGUAGGGAAACAGAGGUAAGAAUUUGCUGCCAGUAGGAUUGUGUCGACGAAAUGUAGCAGAUAUGGUUUCAUCUUAACAAAAAAUUCCAAUCAAAACUGAUGAAAUUCUAAGCGUUUUAUAAUUAUUUCUAUGCUUUCGCAAUUGUAGGACUUAUGAAGAUGAAAGAGGUGUUUGCUACGUAAGUUAAAGUUAAGACAUUGAGGUCAUGUUUGUGUGGCCAGAUAUUAUGUAAUCUCACUUUACCUCUACUUUCUAUAAGAAAAUAAACGCUUGCAGCUAAUAGAAAGGAAAAAAUAUGUAGUUCUACAUAAAAAAAAAGCAUAUUGCAUCAGUGGCAGAUACAAUGAAAUAGAGGAGGAAGUUAGGCUUGAUAAGGUCUUUGUCCUGUGAUCAUGUCCUAAGCUGCUCCAUGUAUUUUCUUUCGGUUGUCCCUGGUUCAACUGCCUGGCUUCACUUCAAUGAUCGCGAACUGUUCUGCACCCGGUUGAUAUUUGCUUUCUAAACAAUUGAUUUCGCGCAUUUUUUGCCGUCUUAUUUUCUUGAUGCUUUAUUUUCUAAAGGUGAGUUUAGGAGCUGAGUACAGCACGAUUUUGUUCCUGCGUUUAUUUGUCAACAAUUGCACUACCAAUCGACAAUCUUCAUGUUGCAGUUUGUGGCUUCGGCGAAUAUGCUAUGAGCCUCGAUCACUCCACUGAACAUGAUAGUUUCAAAAGCAGGGAACAAAAUGUUAGUGAUAACAAAGUGUUAGUAAUAAAAAAUGUUAGUAAUAAUAAGAACAAGAGAUUAUAAACUAUUUUUCAUCUCUUGUCACGGAAGAAUAUAAACGUUUGUCUGAGAAAAAUGGGUGAACUUAUUUUUAUAACCAACGGUGUGUUGGUUUAAUAGAAUGGAACAGGAUUAGAAGAUAUCGAACCAAGUCAGCCCGAUUCAAGAAAACUCACUCAGCCUCCUGCUGAAUACAUGGAUCUCAUAGAAGUCAACAAAGAUAAUAGAAAAGCACAAAGAACAGCUCCAGGUGCUGAUUACGCGCCUCUUCAUCCGUUAACACGCUGCUGGGAAGUUCCAAGACAUCACGUGACCAUAGAAAAAAUAAUUGGUAAAGGCGCUUUUGGUCAGGUUGCCAAGGGAACAGCAGUAGGACUUCCAGGGAGUUCUGAGACGACCACAGUGGCUAUUAAGAUGCUUAAAAGUGAGCUCUUGUACUGUAAAUUGAAUGACAGUCUUGGCCUACAGACAUUCAAGAAUUGUUACUGGGUUAAUGUAAUUUUUUAGCUAUUUGCCUUUUCAUAACUUAUGUUGUUAUUUCGACAUCAUUCCCGUUAACCAAAUUUUACUCCUUGUUUUUAACAUUCAAGCAAACGCUACUGAAUCGGACAAGAGAGAUUUGAUGAAAGAACUUGACACAAUGAAGCAGCUGAAACCACAUCCUUACGUCAUUAAACUUCUGGGAUGUGUUACAAAAUCUGGUAUGCUUUGGUUAUGCGGGUCUCAUUUUCUUGUACACAUUUUGCAUGUGAUUUACUCUGUAACGCUUUCUCUUCGUCGAUAAUUUGCGUCAAUGGAAGAGUCACUGCUUCACAAUUGAGCACAACAAACAACCAUCGCAUAAGGUAAUUUUAUCUUGUUUUAGCCAAUACAGACGUUCCUGGAUUUAGUGACAGACUAAGACCGAAUAUUUGUCACUGGGCAGAUCAUUCUGUUAUGCAGAAACGCUUUUUGUGAGGGAAUAAUUGGUCUGUACCUUCUUAUGAGAUCGUUACAUAGGUUUUCUUGUUUUCGUGCGAUUUCUUCAAGUGUUGACCAUAACUGGGGUAUUUAUUUAUUUUAUUUUAAUUAUUGCUAAUUUUUUUAAAGGAGAGUAAUAUAUCAACUAAAUUGUUUAAUUUCUUCAGAACAGCUGUUGGUUUUGAUUGAAUAUGUGCCUUUUGGGGAUCUGCUGGGUUACCUGAGAAAGAGCCGUGGAUUAAAAGACACUUACUACAAAGACCCGGAUAUCAAACCACAAACAAAUCUUACGUCGCAGCAGCUGAUGAGGUUUUCUUGGCAAAUUGCUGAUGGAAUGAGUUACUUGUCCGCAAAAUCUGUAAGUUAAUUAAAAAGACAAAACACAAACAAUUCUAAAACAUUCUUGUAAGGUCUAUCGUCAUGUUAAGCACUGUCUUGCAUAGAAUAUUAUGUCUUCACAAGAUCAUGCCCGGGAGUUACAAAUGUAUUCCAACCGUCUUGAUGAGUCUAUUUCUUUAGGGCCAGGAGCCCUCCCAAAUUUGACGUCAUCAUAUAAGUUUUAUUUCAAUGUGAGAAUGGCGAUAUUUGUGCAUCUUUGCAAGUGCACCCCAUCGAAAUAAAAUAUCUGGAUUUUUCUUGUGCAGGCAAAGCAGAGACGUAAAUGCAUAGGAUCUUUUAAGAUAUUCAGCUUAAACUGAGUGUACAACAAACAUCCAUUUUAGUGACAAGGAAGAAAAGGAAUUAAAACUUCAAAUUAAAAAAUUCAUCUUUUGUCGCUAAACUGCUUCAUUGAAGAAUCCUAUUUCGAUUAAAAUCUUAAGAUAAGCGUUCUUUGAAAUAACUACGUAUUGCAGACAUAAAGUAGUUUGCUUCUCUUUGGAAUAUGGAGGAGUUAUUGUAGUAGUUUUAAUUUUCUGCCAUCUGGAAGAAAGAGAAAUACGCACACCAUAUUAUGUUGUAGAUAUUUCUAUUUUCCUAUCCGAACCACUUCAUUUCAGUUCUUUUUCUUCUGCAAUCGCUAAUUUUUGCUGUUGCAUCAAUUCUUUCCAAGAUCAUUCACCGAGACCUUGCGGCCCGUAAUGUGUUGGUUGGACAAAAGGAAACUUGUAAAGUGACAGACUUCGGAAUGGCCAGAGAUGUGCAGCAGGAAAAUAUUUAUGAACGAAAGACUAAGGUAAUCAAGAAAAAGGGGAGGUGAGGGCGGUAUUACAUAUCGUUUAGUUUAGUGAUCUUUCACAAUUAUUGUUGUUUUAAUGCUGAUAUAUUCCUGAUUUCGAUCAUGAAUUCCUUGGGACCCUAAUGAAAAUAUUAUCCAUGCGUACACGAGUACAACUUUAAAUAUCACCGGUUUUUGACUUGUCGCUACCUAUAAUUCUCGAGCUGUUUCACAAAGUGGUAUUUAAAAUCUUUAGGGCCGUCUUCCCGUGAAGUGGACAGCUUAUGAGGCCUUAUUGUAUGGUAAAUAUACCACCAAAAGUGACGUGUACGUAUACCUGAUUAUCAACCGUAGCAAUUUAUCAACAAGUUUUAUCAGUUUUAGUCAGGACUUGAAUUCUAUGCUUUGUCAAAGAAUACAUAUAUUUUAUUUGUCGUAUAUACUGUUUAUGUCUAUAGUCACUUAAUUUAUAUUCGUUUGAUUUGUCUUUCUGCAGAUGGAGUUAUGGAGUUUUGUUGUACGAGAUUUUCACCAUAGGUAACAUCGAAAGGAAGUUUAUGAGGCUCUUAAUUAAACAAUGUAUCGUGUUCAGUUAGACAAGCGUAAUAAGCUUCCCCAUGCAACCUCAAACUCCAUUAACUGAUAGAGGUAUGUUUUAGUGAAGGUCUUUUUUUCGUCACAUUUAUAUUUCGAUGGUCUUGUGGUUCUUCCAGGCGGUUCACCUUACCCACGAAUGGAUGGAAGAAAAAUUGCAAACUUACUACAGGAUGGAUACAGGAUGCCUAAACCACAACACGUCGAUGAAAAAUUGUAAGUUUUCUUUGUUACCUCGUUCUCUCUCAUUGUACAAGGAUAUGCUCUUUAAAUCUCAAAAAGAUCACUUGAACAAUGCCAGGUAUCAAGUCAUGAUGAAAUGCUGGAAGAAUGACCCAGACGCAAGACCAACUUUUACUGAAUUGAAAAAUCAGCUUAAGGACAUGGAAACCCUACACAAGGUCAGAAUUUUUAUCAGUAUGAAAGUUUCUUUUUACGUAGGACCGAUUGGCUCAGGCUAAGCUAAUUAGGGUUAAACUUAAAAGGCUAAAUAGCGUAGUUAUAUGUACUCAUCUCAGUAGUUUUUACGAAGUUUGGAUUGCAUCUUUUUGUUAUGUGACUGAAGCUAGCACUCCACGAAAAACAGCAAAGAAGCGAAGUAGAAUGUCUCAAUGACAAUUAACACGUUAUGGUUAUUUAAAAGAUCAUAGGAUGAUUGCAAAACUGCAUUGAGACGCACAAAGGGUAGCAGACAACGACGCCAUGAAUACUUCGUUCUUGAAUUUGUUUUGGUGUGAAAACCUAACCACUUGUGAAGAUAACCACUUAAAACUUUUUUGAUGAUGCUGAUUAUUAUAUUAUUUUUCUCUGCAGAAGCUGAUCAACAUGACAAUGUACGACAAGCAGUUGUAUGCAAACGUCGAGGAUUUAACAGUGUAGUUAGAUACGCGUCCACGGUGUAUGACUGGCUAACAUUUUGAACACUUCGCCCACACAAGUCUCAGGGAUUAAUCACCGUUUCCUUACACGCUUACUUGGUAGAAAUAGCCAUGUUGCGUUUAGCAGUUAGGCUGGAACGUUGUAAUUCAAUUGACUUUAUGUUCUUAAACGCUAAACUUUUAUAAGUUUACUGAUAAAGUUACUCUCAUUUUCUCUUUAACAUAUUAAGUACUUACAUGUAUGCCUCGACACAAGCGAUCGAGUUCAGUUUAUUUUCUGGCUCAAUUCUGAGGUGGUGAUUCUCUUCACGACAUUAAUCUAUUAUAUCUUGACCCAUCUCUGUAGAUCUCUCCUUUUAAGGAAGGACAAAACCAAACCAAAUUAAAAGAGCUUCCUGAAGUGCAAAAAAUCGCUUGUACGUGUUUCAGGAGACUUACAUCCAAGAGACCAUGUUCUCCUGUCACUGUCAGUAGAGGUUAAGAGUCUAUCGAUCUUACAUAAUUAUAAACUAGGUUACCUUUUGGUCAAAAGCCUUCUUUCCUCAGUUGAUAUAAAUAAUUGCACUCGAAACAGUACCUAGUAUAAAAACAACGCUCUUUCAGUCUGGAGUAGAGGAUACCUGAGGAAUAAUCUUAACAUUUAAAUGAAGGAGAGAGAGUUUUGCAUCUGUUUGGAAAUAUUCCCUGACGUUAUUUUGUUUCUGGGGGCAAAAUGAUGCUUCAGCAUACAGAGGAG